UCCCAUUGCAAGUUUCGUCCAAACUUUCCCAACGCCCCCCACCGGCGGCUGCUCAGUUGUCGUCUUGUCGGUGGUCGCCGCCCAGAAAUCCAGAAUCAGCAUCGCAUCACGUCGCCUCGACGAAAUCGCGGCCUAGCCACCUCCCUGAAACCCUAGGGGCUCUCCCCUCGGUUCCUCCGCCCGCGCCAUGUCGUCGUCCCGCGUGGCGGAGAUCGAGGUGGUGGUGGCCGACGGCGGCUCCAGGAAGGGGAAGGAGGAUGAGGAGGAGCGGCGGCGGAAGAAGCAGCGGCAGCAGCAGAAGGGCGGGGCGGAGCCCGAGCCGGACCCCGUGGUGGACGUCUACUCGGCCGCGGCGUACGGGGACCUGGAGCGGCUGCGCGGGUUCGUGGAGCGGGAGGGCGGCGCCGCGUCGCUCGCCUCGCCCGACGGAAACGGCUACCACGCGCUCCAGUGGGCCGCGCUCAACAACUACCCCCACGUCGCGCUCUACAUCAUCGAGCACGGGGGCGACGUGAACGCGCAAGACCAUGCGCAGCAGACGGCGUUGCACUGGGCCGCGGUGCGCGGGGCCACGGCCGUGGCUGACGUGCUGCUGGAGAACGGCGCGAGGCUGGAGGCAGGCGAUGUGAAUGGCUACCGGGCAGUCCAUGUUGCAGCUCAGUAUGGCCAAACGACAUUAUUGCAUCACAUUGUCUCGAAGUAUGGUGCAGACUUUGAUGCUCUGGACAAUGAAGGGAGGAGCUCAUUGCACUGGGCUGCUUACAAGGGAAAUGCAGAUACAAUCAGAUUACUGCUGUUUAUGGAUGCUAAUCAAGUAAGGCAAGACAAAAAUGGUUGUACUCCCUUACACUGGGCUGUCAUAAGAGGAAAUUUGGAGGUUUGCACUCUUCUUGUACAUGCUGGCACCAAGCAGGAACUAAAACUGAAGGAUAGCGGCGGGUUUACUCCUUUGCAACUUGCAGCCGACAAGGGUCAUCGGCAUCUUACCAAUAUUCUUUCUAAUUCUACGAAAGCAAGCUUUGGAGACAAGUACUGCUUAGGGCAGCUGGGGAAGGCUGGAUAUGCACCUAUCCUGUUUUCUUACCUUGUUAUCCUCAUGAUCCUUUUCCUGAACUCAAUUGUUUUCGCACCUGAUUUUUCUAGAAUCACUGCCGCUGUUGGUCUUUGGUCAUGGGUUGCUAUUUCUCUUGCCUUGGUAUCACAAGUGGUGUUCUACAGACUUAGCAGAAAAAAUCCAGGCUACAUCAAAGCAAAUACCAAGGGUCUUGAUCCAAAGGAACCACUCAUGGCGAUUGAUCUCAGUUCCCCUACUUGGACAGGCAGUUGGUCUCAGCUGUGCCCUACCUGCAAGAUAAUUCGCCCUGUGCGCUCCAAACACUGUCCAACUUGUAAGCACUGUGUUGAACAGUUUGACCAUCACUGCCCCUGGAUAUCGAACUGUGUUGGAAAGAGAAAUAAGUGGGACUUUUUGGUGUUUCUCUGUAUGGGGAUAACUACAACCCUUCUGGGGGCAGCUGUUGGAUUCCAGAGACUUUGGACGGAGCCCAUUAUACUCUCAUCUUCUGAGUCGUGGACUCACUUCAUGGUGACAAAACAUCCUGGUGCCGUAUUGUUCAUGUUCAUGGACAUCUUUUUAUUAACUGGAGCUCUAAUUCUGGCGGGAGCACAAGCAACACAGAUUGCAAGGAAUCUCACAACUAACGAGGCAGCAAAUCAAUCGCGCUACUCCUACCUUCGUGGGCCUGACGGACGCUUCAGAAAUCCUUACAACCAAGGCUGCCGGAGGAACUGCGCUUAUUUUCUUGUUAAUGGAUACAGCAACGAUGAGGAGGCUGCAUGGCCGACCCUUCAACAAACAUUACAACUAAGCUAAGGUUAUUUCUUCUGCUUGAAGCGUGAAUUUUUUCUCUUUGAGAACACCCGGUGCUGAAAACUCUCUACAUGUACGAUCAUCUAUCCGAGAUGACUUGCUGCCCCUGUUGCACUCCAAAAAAAGUUGCUACACAUGUGAGAGGAGGUUUUGUAAUUCUAACAGCGGCGGCUGUGUCGGGCUAGACGUUUGUUGUUGGAGGUGCUGGGUAUGAAUAUGCAUACGGUGGAAGUGUAAAAAGGGGGUGAUAUUUUUUGUUCA